GAAAUCACAACAUAGCCGCAAAUGAAGCCGCUGGGCAGGUUGCAUUUUGAAAUCCAGAGCAAUAGAGUGCUCGUGCUCGUUAAGUUACGACUGCCAACCUACUCAGCUCGAUCACAGCUACACCAGCAGACCACAAGAUUGAAGCCAGGUUCAGAUGAUAUAGAAUUGGAGCCGGUUCCUAGAGAACAACUCCAUGCCAAAAUCUCUCUAUAUCCUUUAUCAAGCACCGUAGGGCCGCUUGUUCUCUAUGAGCAUUCUCAAAAGAGACUCACUCCAUGGCAAAUCUGCACAUCAAAAGGGUUUAACAGCCAAUGCCGUAUUGGAAGAGCCUGGUG